UCUGAAUACAUAAUACACGGAAAAGUACUUGAUACUUGCUACAGAAGUCGAAGCCCAAAAUAAAAAUAGCCUGUUGCAAGAGCUUGUUGCCACUUGGAGAGCUAGGAGCCCUCGUACUCUAACGUCCAAAGUGGAUGGUUAGAUGAUCUGUGGUUUGUGUCGUUUACGGUUCUGUAAUCCACAAGGAACCCGAAAGCCAUGCAUUUACCAACGCUGUCUGCGCUUAAAUUUUCCCCUCAGUUUAAACUUUCACAGAACCGGUGAAGAGGAGACCAUAGGGUGUGGUGGAUAACAAGAAUACGGAGGCGAAGCAUUAGAAACCAGUGAAGAAGAGGACAACAAAUUAUGAUGGAUGACAAGAAUAUAAAUUGGAUUGAAAAAGCAUCAUAAGACGAUUAUAAUGGGUAACAAGAAUAGUUAGGAGAAACCAUCAGAAGAAGACGACAGCACACUCAGAAAGUUUACAUUCUUGCACGAUGGCCCAACUUGAAGUCAGCAGAAAAUAUGCCGAGACCCCAACCCCGAAAACUCCUAAAGCUCAAUCCCUCACCUUUGAGCAACUCCUUCAAGAUGAUGAAGCUUCAUGGCAACAUAGUACCUCACCGACUCUUGCAAGGAACCACUACCACGAUGAAGAUUUGAGUCCCCAUAAUAAUAAGAAAUCAGUUUUGACUAAAGUCAAGGAGAGAGCUAGGAAAUUGCGCCAGUCAUUCAGCGGAAAGAAGAAGCAUGACGAUGAGAAUCAUGAAACCCCGGACGGCAACACUACACCGCCUUGGGGUGUUAGUUUGGACGACUCCUAUGAUGAUGAAGAAGAUGAAGAUGCUGAGUAUCUUGGAGCUCCAAGUAUCCUCUAUCUAUGGCCCUUCAUGAUAUACUUAUUCUUUGUUCAGACGUUUAAUCUAAAUAUAAAACAUUAUAAAUGCACUAUAAUAUACGUUUGUCCUGAUUUUGGCUUCAUUUCAUUAAGAAUAUUUCUACCUGCAUUUUCAGUGUAUGAAUCAGAGCUAGCACCUGAAAUUUAUAGAGAAACUGCAAGGCAACAUCCAAGAGCAGAUCCAGUUGUUUCUGAGAAGCACCUUUUCCCAACCAGCAUCAAACACGAAGAUGGAGAUGAAGGGAAAGAUAAGGCUGCUGCUGUAAGCAAGACCAUCACUGAAACCGUGUCUGAGAAACUCGCACCAGCAUAUGCUAAGGUCAGCGAUGCCACUCAAUUAAUUGCUUCCAAGAUUGCAGGGUUGACUAUUUCAAGCCCUGAGGACCAAGAGAAACAUGCAAAUCCGGAUACGGAGCAUCUUCCUGCUGACGAUGUCAAGAAUAUUGACAGGAGCUCCGAGAUUAGAGAACAUCUGGGUAAUUGGAGCCCACAAAAGUGGGACAAAGGUGUUUCUGUGAAGGAGUAUUUCAUGAACAAGAUCGAGCCUGGAGAAGAUGACAGAGCACUUUCUCAGGCCAUAUCUGAGGCAAUAAGUCCAAGAAAGAGUCCUCGUGAUAUGGGCAUGGUGGAAAAAGUGCGAGAAGCUGUAACUUCAUUUCUUCGACAUGAUGAACACCCUCACUCUGCUUCAAAAGGCUCUGUUGCAGAACCCUCCACGGAGAAAAUCAAGGGAACAAAUUUUUCUCAAAACGUUCCCGUUUCUACUACCAAAACAGAAGCUUCACCUCCACAGCCAAACCUCAAGUCUCUUGGUGAGAGCACUGUGGAAAAACUCCACAGGGACCCAAGCAAGGCAACAAGUUUGUCAUCUAAUAAUCCGGUUUCCCCACCAAAUUCCCUCUCUUCAGUCAAUGUAAAUUCGUCUCCGGUCACCAUGUCCCCCAGGGCAAUCUCUAGGGAAGAACCAUCCAAGGAGACAAUUAAACCGGCGAAUUUGUCAUUAAAUCUUCCCAAUUCUACCAAGAAAGGGGUUCCACCACCAAAUUCCAACUCUUCUACCAGUGCACACACGCCUUCACAUGCCCCCAUCUCCCCAGGUGCAAAUUUUAUGGAACAACCCAGGAACGAGAGAGCAAAGGCAGCAAACUUGUCGCCACAAGUUCCCCUUUUUAUCAGGACCGAAGUUCCACCACUCAAUUCUAUCUCUUCUACCAAUGCAAGUUCAUUGUCACAUGUUUCCAGCCCCCGUGGCGCAAGUUCUAAAGGAAAACCAUCCAGGGAGACGAUGAAAGCGGAAUAUUUGAUAUCACACAAUCCCCUAUGGAUCAAAACAGAAGUUCCAUCACCAACUUCCACCUCUUCUGCCAAUGUAAAUCCGUCGUCAUACUUCCCCCUCUUCCGCAGCACAAGCUUAACGCCUCAGGUCCCUGUCUUCCACAGCGCAAGUUCAUCUCCCCUCGUUCCAGUCUCUACUAAUGCCCAAGAAGAUCUUGAGGAGCAAACUCAUGGAAGAAUACUUCAAGCCAACUGAAGACCAACUCUUGGUCAGGUGCAAAUUGAUUACCAGCUAUUUCCUGAAUCUCCUUUAGUGGGACCUUGUGCAAUCAUAAGCUGGUCAACCAGAAAUAAGUUGCUUUUACAGCACCAUUAGUAGGAAUUUUGUACCCAUUAGUACUGAUGGAUCUGCCAUUUUAGUCCGAAAUUAGUUACAUUAUUGGUCACUGCAGAUGUGUCUGCAUUCUUAAUUAGGUCUGUAGGCCAAGUUGUUUAGACAAAUAGACAACAAGAGGACUUCAGCCGAUGUGGGUUCUUUGUUGUGAUAAUUGCAUCUGUGCUGUAUAAUCAUCCUUUGAAGUGAAUGAUUUCAUCUUAAAGUGACACAGAAUCGAAUUACUAUUCAUUGCCUAAAUAAAAAGCAUAAGAUUGUCGGGGAA